AUGAUAAUCCCGUUGAUACUCUUACAAAUUGCUUAUACUAUUGAUGUAUGCCGCACUAAAGGAAAGAAUGUUGUAUUAAUCUUAACGGACGACCAAGAUAUUGAACUUGGUUCUAUGGAGUUUAUGCCAAAAACACGAAAUCUUCUGCAAGUUAGAGGUAUAACAUUUCAAAGUGGUUUUGUAUCCACUCCAAUUUGCUGCCCAAGCAGAAGUUCAAUCUUAACCGGUCAGUAUGUUCACAACCAUAAUGUUUUUACAAACAACCAAAACUGUUCAGGUGCUAGUUGGAGGGAAAUUUAUGAAAAACAAACAUUUGGUGUAUACCUGCAAAAGAAGAACUAUGUAACGGCAUAUUUUGGAAAAUAUUUGAAUGAAUAUGAUGGCAGCUAUCAGCCUCCAGGUUGGAAUGAAUGGAUGGGACUCGUAAAGAACAGUAGAUUUUAUAAUUAUACAGUCGUCUUGAAUGGAGAAAAAAUUAAGCAUGGAUUUGACUAUGAACGGGACUACUUUACUGAUCUAAUUGCCAACGAUACAAUUGCAUUUCUUAAAAAACACUGUAAACGGCAACCGACAAAGCCGUUUCUUGUCGUGCUAUCAUUUCCCGCACCACACGGUCCUGAAGAUCCUGCUCCACAAUUCUCGCAUUUAUUUGAAAAUGUAGAAACUCAUAGAACGCCAUCUUGGAAUUAUGCUCCCAAUCCCGACAAGCAAUGGAUUUUGCAACACACUGGUCGUAUGGAACCAGUACACGUUGUGUUCACCGAUCUACUGCAUAGGCGUCGACUGCAGACACUUCAAAGCGUAGACCAUAACAUACAACGACUUUUCAACGAGCUACGAAAUGUUGGAGUACUCUCGCAGACUUACAUAAUUUACUCCAGCGAUCACGGUUAUCAUCUAGGACAAUUUGGUUUGGUCAAAGGCAAAAAUAUGCCAUAUGAAUUCGACAUACGUGUCCCGUUCUUUAUUCGAGGCCCGGAUACGCCAAGAAACAUUACUAUUCGUGAACCGGUGAUGAAUGUCGACAUUGCACCAACAAUUUUGGAUGUGGCUGGCAUAAAAGCACCGCCUCAGAUGGACGGACGCUCCUUGCUACCUUUAAUUAAGGCAUAUGGAGCUCGAAAAGCGAGAUCAUUGAGGAAAUUAAGGUGGCGUCACACAGUGUUAAUUGAACGCGGGAAAAUGACAAAGUUAAAAAAUUUACGAGUACGUUUGGAAAUGCAAAGUAAUCAUGUUCAAGAAAACUCUAUGUUGUAUGCACAUUGUAAACGGCCAGAAUUCAAUGGAUUCUGCGAUGAGAAACAGGAUUCUGAAUAUGUUUUGCAUUUAGAUGAGGAAAAGUUGCGAUGGAAUGGAACAGUAGCUGAACUGUAUGAGAGAAGUGUUAAAGUUUUGAUUGAUGGUCGACUACGCAUCAGAUGGAGAUCAGAAUUUCUUAAUUAUUUACAUCAGGUAAAUUAUUUGAACAGGAAAAGUGAGCUUUUGGAAACGAAAACACAGUGCCAUGUACCGCAGAUGAACUGCUUUUUGCAUGGUACCGAUCAUUGGCGUACACCACCGUUAUGGCCACAGGAAUAUGGUGAAUUUUGUUUUUGCCAAAAUGCUAACAACAACACAUAUUGGUGUCUUCGAACGGUCAACGAAACUCAUAAUUUUUUGUACUGUGAAUUUUUGACCGAAUUUAUCAGCUAUUAUGAUCUGAUAACGGAUCCAUAUCAGGUGAGUAAUUUAUUUGUUUACUUUAUGCAUUCUAACUUUUUCUUUUUUCCUUGUUUUCUUUUGCACUUUAAAAGUAAAAUUUCGAAGUAAAA